AUGGAUGAAUCAAAAGUUGAAGAGUAUAAGCUGGUUCCCAAGGACCCGGAACUAAACCCCGCCGGCCUGCAGCCCCGCAACUACUUCGUCUGCCACACCCGCGCCAACAUCUCCCGCUGCACGGUGUGUAAAGUCACGUACUACUGCGGCCCCGCGCACCAGGCCGCGGGCAGGAAGCGUCACAAGCUCGCCUGCACCAACAUCAUGCGGGCCAGGGAGGCGUAUGAGCUGGCCGAGAUCGACUGGCGGAAUUCGACGGAGCCGGUGUACUUUGAGGACCAGGCGAUUGUCGUCUUUCCGGAGCUGGAGACCGAGCGGGACUACCUGAUCGCGCACGACAGGUACAGCAAGACGCUGCAGCUGGAGCACACCGUCGACGCGGUGCAGCACUCGCUGGCGGAGCGGUUCGGCAUACUGGAGCUUGACCAUCGUGGCGUCUACGAGGCGCGGGAGUAUAUGCCGCUUGGGUUGAUGAGGUUGGGCCGGGGACCAGGAUGCUGGUGGACGCUGCGUGACGGUGGGGUUGAUCCGCGGCAAGAAAGGAUGAAGCGGUAUAGGGAGGAUGUGUUUGAGUCCCCCUUCGAGAUCAUGAGGAGCAAGAACGUGCUGUUUGGGACGUUGGAUGGGCUGCUGCUGCUCAAGAUCGAGCUGUACCUGGACCUCCGGGACAUUUGCAACGCGGACAGGAUGCUGAGAAAGGUGGUUGUCCGCGACAAGGGUAAGGGCGCCGGCGCUGCGAGGUUGCUCCCGUCCGAGGUGAUUGACACGAUCAAGCGGUACAAUAUCCGGUCGCACAUCAUCCGGGAGCGGCGCGACCUGGUGGAGAAUCACGGGUUCGUGGCGUCGCCGCUGGUGUGCGGGCGCAAGAAGCAGAUCCGGGAACUGGCGCGGGCGGUGUACGACAACCCCGAGUACACUGGCGAGGAGAUGGAGGUCAAGUAUAUUUACGCGCGGCCGUCGUGGGUUGAGAUGCCGGAGGCGGCGCAGAUCUUGGAUGAUGCUCAGGAGGGCAUUGCGAUGAUGGCUGAGACGAACCCGUACUGGGCUCGUCGGAUACCGCUAGAUGAUGAUGAUGAUUCGGAUUAG